AUGUCAACACAACACUUGGAUGAGGAACUACGCUCCACGCAGCGCGUUCCAGUUGAAACUGCUCUUGGGAUAGUAACCGGAGCCCGCGCCGCCAACGGUUCUGCCAUUUUCCUUGAGGUGCCUUACGCCCUGCCUCCCGUGAGAUUCCAGGACCCCCAGCCAUUACCACCGGAUUUCCGCUACCAGGACAAGGAAUAUACGAGAGAGUUAAGUUACUGCGUUCAGCCAAAAAACGACGGCCAAGCGAGAGGUACCCGAUUCGAGGACAAAGUUGGUUUCGGAAAGCCUUCCGAAAAUCCUCUUUUUCUAAAUAUCGCGGCACCUCCCUGCUUUCCCGAAACAAAAGGAUUUCCGGUCAAGGUGUACAUCCAUGGCGGUUUUCUCCAAUAUGGUUCUCCGCAUGGACUCGGUUCACAGGCCCAGUACAUUUCAGCGGAACGUUCCGAGGUAUGGGUCAAUAUAGGCUACCGAUUGUCCGUGUUCGGUUUCCUGGCGAGCGACUCUCCGCCUAUCAGUGGUAAUUUUGGCUUCAAAGAUCAAUGGCUGGCACUCUUGUGGAUCAAAGAGAACAUCAUUUCCUUCGGAGGUGAUCCAGAAAACAUUGAAAUUAAUGGUCUCUCCGCCGGUGCACACUCCGUCCAUCAACUUCUCCAUUUCGCCUCCCACCUUCCUGAUGGCGUGUCGGCUCCGUUCAGUUCAGCAGUUCUCCAGUCCAACGCUAUUGUUUGUGCGCCAAGAACGCCAGCUGAACUUCGCCCCCAGUUCCAAGCCCUUUGCAAUGCACUCCACAUUGAUCCAUUCUCAACUGACGCGCUCAGCCAACUACAGCGACUUCCUGCGGACAAAAUUGUUAACGUUAUUGAAACAGAUGCACUAGGCAUCGAGUUCGGCACGUUUCGCGGCUGCUGGGAUGGGACAUGGCUUCCGGAAAAGCCAAACCCUAUGCAAUGGCAACGCACAGGUGGGUUUGCGCACGGUUUGAGAGCCAAAGGCGUCAAGAGCAUUGUUAUCGGCGAUUUAACUGAGGAAUGGUACCUCUAUUCUAUUGCUCACCCUGUCAAAACAAUGUCGGACGUCGUCAUGAAUCUGGAACGAUAUUUCUCAAAAGACAUGGUCGCAAGACUGAUGGAAUACUACGAGAAAUCCCCUGCGAGCGUCCAAAAACUUUUUGGGGAUGUGCUUAGUGACAGCCAAGUGCAUCUACCAGUCAGAAUUCUUGCGCGAGACCUUCAUGAUGCUGGGUUCCCUUUCCUUCGUUAUGAGAUUCGGUGGACUCCUGAACAAUUACGUCCAGAAGGUUACGUCACUCAUGGCUCUGACCGAGCGCUAUGGGCUUUCCGCGUGCCAGACUUAACUGAAGCACAAGUAGAAAUCGCGAGAUCUUGGUUGGCUCGAAUUUCAGAGGAAGUGGAGGCAGUGGAGAGUGCUGGUAAGCCCUUACGUGGGCCUCAGGAUAUUCUUGCUCUUGGAGAAGACCGUGCGAUAGAGUGGUCUGAGGACAGUCAUUGCACACGCGUCCUCAAGUGCGACCCGGGAUCGAUAUCGUUUCCCGCUUCUGCUGCCUCCCCUUCUUUCUCAUCGUCAGAAACUCAAUCAGCAUUAGAGCUUGCUGCUCAUGAACUCGUACAAAACCUACGCCCGGUUGCAUUCCCUACAGAGACGGUCUACGGACUAGGAGCACUAGCACUAGACGCAUCUGCCACAUCGAAAAUCUUUUCUACCAAGGGAAGACCGGCGGACAACCCACUGAUCGUGCAUGUCUCGUCCUUCCCAAUGCUGCAAACAUUAUUACCUCCAGAGUAUAUCCUACCGGCUACGUAUACCGCGUUAAUCAAACAUUUCUGGCCCGGCCCACUCACUUUACUUUUCCCAUGCGACCCUAACACUAUCCCACCAAUCGUCACUGCAGGACAGCCAACCGUGGCCAUUCGAAUGCCGUCUCACCCUGUUGCCCGUGCCCUGAUUGCGGUUUCCAACACUCCGCUAGCUGCGCCGAGUGCAAACUCUUCCGGAAAGCCCAGCCCAACAAAGGCGGAACAUGUCUAUGCGGACUUGAACGGCAAGAUCAGCCUCAUUCUCGAUGGUGGGGCCUGUGAUGUCGGGCUUGAGAGUACAGUCGUGGAUGGUCUCCAAGCUGACGGAGAAAUUCGUGUCCUGCGACCUGGAGGAGUGACGGUGGAGGAUAUAGAACGCGUAUUGCAGCUCGAGUUAGAGUCGAUCCCAAAGGUGUUGGUUCACAAACGCGACUACCGCGACGAAGUGUUGGAGGCGGCUCCGACAACUCCGGGAAUGAAAUAUAGACACUACUCUCCCGCAGUUCCCGUCAAUCUUCUCUGCACUUUGUCGACGCCACCCACAGACAUUAAGCCGGUCAACUUUGUCUCAUAUCUCGAGUCGCUCAAGACAGAAGGAAGAGCAACUUUGAAAAUCGGAAUCCUCUCUCCGACGGACUCACCUCUUGGAAAAUAUUCACUGCCUAUAGACGGAUUCGAGUGGCUUCGAUUCCCGUUGGGGCCGUCGGCUGAUCCGGCCAAAUCAGCGCACCUCUUGUUUGACGGGCUGUUAACACUCGAGCGGCAAGGCGCAGAUAUGAUCCUCAUAGAAGAAAUCAGAGAAGAGAGGGAGGGCUUGGCAUUCAUGAAUCGCGUAAGAAAGGCGGCAGGAGAGUGUGUCUGGUUGCAGGUUCAUGGUUAA